CAGGCAGUUCUGUGGACAGCAGCAGCUUUGGAGGUCCCCAGUUUGCGGAGGGAGACGUGGAGCUGAGUCGGGAGGGGCCCAGACGCUUCCUCACUGGUGAGGGCUUGGAGCUACUCCGCCAAAUUGGCUUGGGGUGUCCGCUCAGACCUACUCCACCAUGUCGAAGGUUUCCUUUAAGAUUACGCUGACGUCGGACCCACGGUUGCCAUAUAAAGUACUUAGUGUACCUGAGAGUACACCUUUUACAGCAGUCUUAAAAUUUGCAGCAGAAGAAUUUAAAGUUCCUGCAGCAACAAGUGCAAUUAUUACUAAUGAUGGAAUAGGAAUAAAUCCUGCACAGACUGCUGGAAAUGUUUUUCUAAAGCACGGUUCAGAACUUCGAAUUAUUCCUAGAGAUCGUGUUGGAACUUGUUAAUAUCUGCUACUUGGAACAUACAACUACUUUUCAGAAUAAAUAUUGGUAUUUUUUGUUGUUGUAAAUUUGAAAUCAGGCAUUUAGCGUACUACGAAAAUACGAGACGUCAGUGAAACAAUGAAAAGUGGACUCUUCUGGUCCCUUCUUUGUUCAUGAUCUUCAUGUGCAGAGGGAAUGCUUGUGAGUAGCGGGAACUGCCACCACAGAAGGUCUUAGAGUUGUUGAUUGCUACCUCACAACACAAGUACGGAGUUCAUUUGUGAAAAUGGAUUAUCCAACUGUGUUUUUUACCUGGAUGAUUCUGAUAAUUCUUUCUGGAGAACUUUUGGAAAAUUAAAAUUUACUUAAUCUUAUAUAUUUGUAUUUGAGUUAAAAAUGUAAAAGGAAAUGAGUCAUAGAUGGAAGUUUGCUAGACAGCAUCUGACUCAUAAAUAGUUUGAUUUUUAAGUGUAUAGUUUGUGAUGAUGAUGAUAGACAUAUCAAUGAUGGUUAACUGUCUUGACUUUAUCAUUUAGUUUCGUAAGUUUUAGACUUCAUGUGUCAUGUAAAUUACAUUUAAUUCAGUACCAGAGGACCAAAAAUCUUACUUUUGAUCUAACCUUUAUGUAUAUAAAGUCACAUCCCACAACAAAUAAGUCUUUUAACAGUCAUCUUGGCAGAAUCCAGUAUAUGUAAUAGUGGGAAUUGACAAUGCAGUACAAACAUCCUUUACUGAAUUACGCAUUUCUGUAUCAGUCUUGUGUAGUACAAUGUUUGAGACAGAAAUCUUCUAGAAACCAUUGUCCUUUGGAGGAUAAUAUUUCCAAAUAACUUUGAAGAAGAGAGUGUUGUUGCAGAGAAAAUAUGAAGAAUACAACAAAGUUUAAAGAUAUCAAUAGAAAAUUCCAAUGAAAAGUGCUAAUAUUUUUCAACCAAAUGGAUAAGAAACCAAGUAAAGAAAGAUGAGAAACAUGAGAAAGACUGGUUGACGAGGCUUUUGCAAGGAGGAAAGCAACAAGUACCCAAGGAAGAGGAAAGUAAAGUGUCACAGAAAUAGCCAGCUGGUUGGACAAAGCUGUGGAGGGUAUGUUGGAGAAAACUGAAAGUGAAAACAAAAUAUUUGACUUAAUCUAAGUAGCAGAAGGCAGUUAGACAGAGGGCCUUGCCUGCAUACAGAUUUCAAAGUACCCCUUAUGACAAUUCAGAGAAUAUAAUAAAAAAUUAUACUUGAUCUUACAGAGGAUAUCAGUAUCUAGGUAUGUCUUGAAAGAUAAAAUGAAGGCUUUUAGUGAUUCAAAAUCAUUUCUUGACGUGCUGUAUUUUGAAUGACAAGCUCCCUAGAGGCAGGGCUUAUCAUGUCAGAUUCUUUCUAGAGCUGAGAGUGUAGUAGACAUUUGGUAAAUACUUGGUGAGUUAUUCAUGAAUAAAGUCUAAGACCAGUUUUUAUCUUAACAUGUUUCAGUGUCUUCCCUGUUAUAGUUCCUAGGUUUGAUGGGGAAGAAAUAAAUACAAGAAAAUACAACUGAAUCAUCUUAAGGGUGACAUCGGUAGUUUAAAAAAUUACCAAAUAUCAUUCACAGAUUUAAUGAACAGCAGGAUUCUGAAUUAUCAAAGUAAGAAUUUUUUUUUUUUUUGCCAAGUUAAAAAAAUAUACUCCUAAUGUUUGGAAUUUCAUAUAUAUUUUUUAUAUAUGAAAAAAACAGUGAUAUGAUGCUUAAAAGCCCUUAAUUCUUAUUAUUGAGCAUAAGUUAACCAGAAAGCUAUGAAUAACUAUUCCCUGAAUUUGGGGCUUAAUUUAAAAUUUCUUCCAUUUUGCUUCUAAUACAAAAACCUUUCUGUUGUUUGCUUAGAUAAGUUUAUUGUGUUCUGUGCCAUAAAGUGAUUUAUUUAAUACUUUUGUUCUUCAGUUUUGAAAAUUAGAUUGCAGUUCUCAAAAACCUUUCAUUGAGAUAUUUUGUUACUAAACAAUUAUGAUCCGUAAGCUCUUUGUGCAAAAUAUUUUGAAGUAUUGUAUUUUAGUUUAAUUAAUAGUCCAUAAUUAAUAUCUUAUGAAAGUACUUUUGUUAUACUGUAAACCAUAUUGCCUAUUAUUUUAUUAUUAGAAUUCUUAAUCAGCACACCGGUUGUGCCAGUUUAUUAAAAAUGUAAUUAUAAAAAGCAAAGAUAAUUAAAUACCAUAAAUCAUGGAUAAGAAUGUAUAUUUCCAAGUGUCAGUUUAUUUUACAAAAUAAAAAAUUAAAACUCUGAAGAAGGGGUGAUAGUAAUUAACUGUACUGGUAGGUCCUAAACCUGGGUGAUUAUCAGUCAUGUAGGGAAUUAAAAAUACAAAUUUCUGGAAACCACCCAUUAAAUUCAAGUUAUUAAAUCUGGAAUAGUGUAAAAGAACCUCUUAUAAAAAAGUUCUGGUGAUUUCUGCAGUGCAGGUGAUUUUAGAACUAAUAAAAUCAACCUUUUUACUAUCUACCAUACAUUUUUACCCAAGCACUUGAAAUAAAUUGGAAGAACUAAUAUACUUUAAUGUAGUGACUCUAAAUUAACUGAUAUUAAUGUUCUCAGGGCCACUUGUAAAACCACAGGAAACAUGAUUUAUCUAUGGAUUAUAUUGUUUGAAGGAUAAUUUUAUUUAUGUUGUCUCAUUCUUCAAACUGCUAAAUUAUUGUCUUCACUUUAUAGAAGAAGAAAGAGGCUUAGUUAGGUUGAGAUUUGAAAUUUGAACCCUUAUUUUGACUUUGACAUACUGGGAGAAAUUUAUAGUAUUCAUUUCUUGUAAUAUACUAGAGCUGUGUUGAAUUAGGAGUUACAAAAAUUACAAAUGUAAGUCUUAAAAUUAUAUGUCAGUACUAAAUACACAUGUAAUAAUAAGGAACUAUAUUAAUUUUUAACAUGGUAUGAUGGUAUAAAUAUAAAGUUCUAGGGCAUUAAAUAUGAACUAAACAUGAACUAAAUAAAUAAAAAUGAUAAUACUGAUAGUACUCCGUAGGUGGCAUUGUAGAAGUAGGAACUGUCUCUCUCUUUUCCUCAGCCCCAUCAGACCAUUUGUUUUUUUAAUCUUAAGUAUCACAGAUUUAGCUGUGAGACUACUUCCCUAAUAACCUACUCUUCCCACCAGAUUGUUGUUCAUAAGCCCCUCUAGAAUACAGAAAUUCUGGAAUUGUCCUCUGUUGGUUAAUGCUAGAGAUGGAUGAAACAUUAUUUAAACUGGGACAUUUAAUUAGACUAUUAUUGAAAUAAAUAUUCUUAAAAGGCUCGCUCUUAACAUUCACAUCCUGAAAACUGUCUGUAUACCAGAUAUGUUUUACUAAUCAUGAUUCCAUCCAUUCUUCAGUUAAAGCCCUUUUUAUAUUAUUAAAAAAGCCACUGUUAUUCCCAUUUCUUAUUUCACAGUUGCCAUAAUGAGCUUUUUGACCUGAUUGUGUACUUCCCACUAAAAAGUUCUGCUAAAUAAAAAUGCAUACUUUCUAUGACA